AUGAAUGAAUUGGAAGCUGAGCUAAACUUUACAUUGCCGACGGCAAAAACUCCCCUCCAAGAAAAACUGAUGGAUGAUUGCUGCAGAAAGCUCAUGUACCUCCUGCUUUUCUUUCUCCUAGUCAACGCCCUCAUUGCCGUCCACUAUGCCUACCGGUACUUUACCAGGAGGAACGAACCACCGGGAAACAAACUCUCUGACUUGAUUUUCGAGAUCAAGCAGAGCGAGGGUGAGGAACAUAAGAAGAAAGAAACGGAGAAACAUGAGAAGGACGAGAAGAAUAAAGAAGACAAAGAUGAUGAUUCAGACAGCAUCGAAGAAAACUCAACAUCUGAAGCAAAACCUGCAAAACACGUGAAAAACAAACUAGAUACCAAGCUCUCUGGUAAAAAAUCGAAAUCAAAAAAUGUAAAAAAACAGAAACCACAUAAGUCCUUGAAACGAAAAUCAGCCUAUAAAACAGGGGAAAAGAGAAAAUUGAACCAGAAGCUAAAAGCCAAGAUUUCGAAAUUGAGCAGUAAAAGACAAGCGGCAAAGUCAUCCAAACGAUCGAGCACACAGUCGAACUAA